AUCUGACCGGUGUUGGGCAGGAAGCGUGAGAAGCGCAUUUUAAACGGAAAGUAAAGCUCCUCUUUGAGGUGAACAAUAAAGGUUUAUAAAAAUGGCGACAGGAGCAGAUGUUCGUGAUAUUUUGGAACUGGGGGGUGGUGACUCUGAAAACACACCAAUUAGUAAAAAAGAUAUCAUUAAUUCAGAUAAGAAAAAAUCAAAGAAGUCUACAGAAGCACUUACAUUUAAAAGACCAGAGGGAAUGCACAGAGAAGUUUAUGCCCUAUUGUAUUCUGACAAAAAGGAUGCCCCUCCAUUACUUCCAAGUGACACGACACAAGGGUACAGGACUGUUAAGGCAAAGUUGGGGUGUAAAAAGGUCCGACCGUGGAAAUGGAUGCCUUUCACCAACCCAGCUAGGAAGGAUGGUGCAAUAUUUUUCCAUUGGAGACGGCUUGCAGAUGAAGGCAAAGAUUAUCCUUUUGCAAGGUUUAAUAAGACAGUCCAGGUACCUGUAUAUUCAGAGCAGGAAUACCAGAUGUAUCUACAUGAUGAUGGAUGGACCAAAGCAGAAACAGACCAUCUCUUUGACCUCUGCAAACGCUUUGAUCUCCGGUUUAUUGUCAUCCAUGAUCGCUAUGACCACCAGCAGUUCAGGAAACGUUCAGUGGAAGAUUUGAAAGAACGGUAUUAUAGUAUUUGUGCAAAGUUAACGAAGAUCCGUGCUCCACCUGGUUCUGAUCCCAAACUCUCUGUCUUUGACGCUGGACAUGAGAGACGGAGAAAGGAACAGCUUGAAAGACUGUACAACAGAACACCAGAGCAGGUGGCUGAAGAAGAGUAUUUAAUACAAGAACUGAGAAAAAUUGAAAUGAGGAAAAAAGAAAGAGAAAAGAAAACACAAGAUUUGCAGAAACUCAUCACAGCUGCAGAUAAUACGACAGAAAUGCGUCGGGCAGAGCGCAAGGCAGCAAAAAAGAAACUGCCGCAGAAAAAAGAAACAGAAAAACCAGCUGUACCAGAGACAGCAGGCAUCAAAUUUCCAGACUUCAAGUCCGCAGGUGUCACAUUACGAAGUCAAAGGAUGAAACUACCUAGCUCAGUUGGACAGAAGAAGAUCAAAGCCAUUGAACAGAUGCUGACAGAGUUGGGAGUUGAUCUAAACCCAAUGCCUACUGAAGAGAUUGUACACAUGUUCAACGAACUCCGCAGUGAUUUGGUAUUAUUGUAUGAACUGAAGCAGGCAUAUGCUAAUUGUGAAUAUGAGCUUCAAAUGUUACGACAUCGAUAUGAGGCACUGGCAAAGGCAGGGACAAACAGCUUGGCAUCAGGAGAAGGUUUUGGCAUUGAUGGACCAAUGGGAACUGUGGGAACCAGUACUGAAGAAAUUAAGGGGGAAGGAAAAGAUCAAUUCAUUGAUGUUGUUGGAGCUGCACCUCUCACACCAAACUCGAGGAAGCGAAGAGAAUCUGCAUCAAGCUGUUCUUCAGUAAAGAAAUUGAAGAAACCGUGAACUCGUUUGAAAGGCUAGGAAGUCAACAAAAUGUGGUUAAACGGAUCUCUCACCACAUGGCAGUUAUGCUCCUGCAUUUUAUUCAGAAAACACCACCGGAACCCCAGGAAAUCAGGCACAUCAGUGAAUGUACUGUUGAUAAAUUAUCUGGUGGUGGUUAGGAAGUAACAAGUACCUUCUCCAUAACAUUUCCUAGAGAAGUUCUACAAUACCCUAACAGGACUUUAUUCAUGAGACAAAUUUAUUCACAAAAUGGAUCACAGUGCUUUUAAUAUUUGUAUAAUUAUGUUCUCUUUGUAAGGUUUUGUUCUCUUUGGUACAAGGCAAUGAAGCUAUCACUGAGUGAAGAUCACUCGCAUGAUCUUAUUUUUAUUACAAUUUUUCAAUUUGACGAAGAAAGAUUGCAAAUAUAUGCCAUGUUAAAUUACUAGAAAGUGUACAAAAAUUACAAAACAUUUAUGGUAAUGGAGAAAAUAUCA